CAUUAUGAAAUGACAAAACAUGUGUUUUUAGCCUUGCAUUUGGGCGCUGGAUAUCACGAUCCUAAUCUUUAUAAUGAUUAUAAAGAUUUAGCAUCGGAUGUUUGUUAUAAAGGUAUUAAAUCGUUAUUAAAAGAAAAUAUUGGAAAUGAUGUGAUAAGUUAUGUUUUAAAGUUAUUAGAGAACUCUCACUUAAAUAAUGCUGGAUAUGGGUCAAAUUUAAACAUUAAUGGGGAGGUUGAAUGUGAUGCAUCAGUUAUGGAAGGGAAAUUUGGCUACUGGGGUAGUGUAGGAGCCUUGAAAAGGGUCAAAAAUCCUAUUGCAGUAGCAAAUCAAAUUUUAAAGCGCCAAAUUGAUUCAAGAUUACAUAAGAAUACAAAAUUACUUCAACCAUGUAUGUUAGCUGGUGAUGAAGCUUACAAAUGGGCUCAAAGCUGUUGUAAAUCUAUAAGCACUUCCAAUGGUAAAGAUUUGAUUACAGAUAAAACUUAUGAAGAUUAUGAAAAAGCUAUGAUGAUGCAUCAAGAAGAGAUAAAUCAAUACUCAAUAAAUGGAAUGAAUACAUCUCUUACUGAAUAUCAGAAAGAUACAGACAUUAUUCCUCUAGAUGAAUUAACCAACCCAUUUUACAAAACAUUUCAAAAAUCUAUCAAUGACAAAGACUAUCUCCCACUCUCAGAACCAGACCAAGAAGAAAGCUUGAAUCUAGGUACAGUCGGAGCAAUAUGUUUGGACUCCCAAGGAAACUUUUACUCUGGCAUAUCAAGUGGAGGUCCCAUCCUUAAACAACCUGGCAGAAUCGGACACGCCGCAAUGUAUGGGUGCGGUUGUUGGGCCGAGAAUCGAAAGGAUAACGCGAAGAAUCGUACAAAAAUUUACGACGGAAUAGCUAUCUCAACUUCCGGGUGCGGCGAACAGCUCAUAAAAUCGCUGAUGGCUAAAACGUUGAGCCAAGAUUUGCUGCGAUCUCGCUUCGUCCACCAAGCUUUCACGGACACGUUGCAAACUUUUCUAGAUGAAGCGAGCCUCGAACCCGAACCCUCCAAAAGUCUCUGCGGUGCGAUCGCGUUGAUUGGCUUGAAGAAGGACAAUGAUGAUAGCGCCGAAGAGCCUGACACCAGCAGCCGAUACGAAUUUGUUUGGGGACACACGUGUCGUUCUAUGUGUAUAAGUUACGUUUCCGGUCUCGUCGGCGACACCAAAAUCCCUAAACCUAAGGUGUGUUUUUCUAAACAAGCAGCACAGAAUUGUGGACGAAGAAUAUAUUGCCAGGGUAAAAUGAUCAAAUUUUCCUGAUUGAAAUCUAGCAUCGCGUUUAUAUUGUUAUGUGUAUAUAUAUAC